UUCUAUCUUCUUCGAAUUUUGGUCCCUACAGGUUGACGCAAACAAGAACUCUUUCUCGAGUAUAUUUGCGAAGAGCAUCGGCCGAAGCAAAUUCUCAUUUGAACAACGUUGCUGAAACAAAUUUUAUGAACGUGCAAAAUGCAAAAGGGGUCAACCUAAACAGAGAAGUUUUUUUGCUGUUUGGGCAAAAAAACUUUUCAUUUUCAGCCGUAUUUGCUCGCGCCAGGUGCCCCUUCACCGCGCAAUAUUGAAUGCUGCGAACGUAUUAAGGUGCCCAAAAACGAAUCUGGCUGCCGCGCUCUAUCUAGGUUGUCGCAGGCUUUAGCUUUGCGCGGUGCUGCAGUUGAAGCGCUCCUAGAAGGUGUCUCAACAGGUGGCGCGCGAACCUAUAUAACGGCGCAACUGCUUGGGCGGUUGAGGUGACACACCUCCGCCGAGGCGCGCCAACUGUGUUUCUCAAGGAGCUGGCAGCUGGAGGCGCGCCAGCGUUUGCGUUUGCUAACACUCGAAAAUCCUCUGCGCAGAGACCGCGCCGCCCAGUCUGCCGCAAAACAACUCCAGAAAGCGCCCGCGCGAAAUUGCUCCUUGAGAGUGUCCAGGAUCAUCUCCGGACGCAAUACAGGCCGCAUCCGCAUGUGGGAGGGCGCUUAGCCUGGACAGGGGCUCACGCCGAUCACGGAGCUUGCGCGACACAUUGGAGCCGACAUUUCUCGUCUCCUUUCCUUCUUCGCCGAAUGCCGCUCGAUGAGAAGAAACUUCUGACUUUGGGGAUUUUUUUGCCGGAUUUUGCCAAAACUUCGCCAAAAACCCGGACUUUGCCGAAGUUUUGGCAAAAUCCGGCAAAAAAAUCGCCAAAGUGAGAAGAUUCUUCUCAUUGAGCGGCAUUCGGCGAACGGGGAAGGGAGAGGUGAGACCUCUGCUACAUUGUGCCGGGCAAGCUCCGGGAUGUCCGAACCCCGGGCCAGGAUUAACCCUUUUCCGCAUGUGGAUGCACUCUGGCUCGCGUCCGAGAAUAGCUCUGGACAUUUCCCCGGCAACCCGCGGAGCAACUCCGCAAGGGAGCUUGCUGGAGUUGCUUUGCGGUAGAUUGGGUUGGCCGGUCUCUGCGAGAGGGCGCUUCGAAAAUCAGAUCAGGAGGCUGAUGCAACUGCAGCGGCCAUCACGCUUGACUUGCUUGAGAGGCACAGCUGGCGCGCCACGGGUGAGAUGCGUCAUCCCAACCGCCCAGCGAGUUGCGUCUUUAAGUUGCCGCACCACACGCAGAUGCGCGCUGCGGGAUCGCGCCAGCUGUGGCACUGCGCAAGGCCUGCGACCACCUCUAACACGACAAUCAGUCUUGUUUUUGCGCAACCUAACACGCGCAACUCGAUCCACUAUCGCGCGGAGAAGGGGCAGCUGGUGCCGGCAAAUACGCCCGAAAAUGAAAAGUUUUUUUGCCCAAACAACGAAAAAACUUCUCUGUUUAGGUUGACCCCUUUUGCAUUUUGCACGUUCAUAACAAAUUUUGCCCACUUUCACAAUAGCUUGAGAGUAAGCAACUAACUACUGAAUCUAUCGCUAUCCUUUGCGGAAAAAUACGCGAGCACGUGAUAUCCGAAAAAUUCAGAUCCCAACAGGAAAGCGUAUUCAUCAAGAUGAGCCUUUGCAAAAAUUCUGCACCUCCCCAGCGAGGCCGGUACCGGGUUGCGAAGCAGGCAGUCCGAUCUCUCCUGCUGCUUUCCUCCCUUUCGUCGGGAUUGUUUCCAGCCACAACGGCUUCGUUGCGAGGCGUGCAUGCGAGCGAGGUUCCGAAAGACAAAGAUGUGAACAAUUCCGCUGCUGCUAUGCCGGAUGAAGGCCUGCAGGAACAAGGCGGCGGCGGGAAAAAAUCUGCAGCAGCCACAGCCUCCACACCCUUUGCUGCCACGAUGAACGUCCCCCCUGCUUUAUUCGGUGCCACUAGUAGCGGGAACAAGAAAUUCCUCCCGCUGUCGCGCCGUCCUACUUACACCACACAAGAGAACACCGCCGGCAGUCGCGAUGCUGAAGGCAGAUCGAACCCAACUACGCGUACGCCCAGUCCCAAGUUGCCGAGGAAGGGGCAGAGCGAGCCCCAACUUGGCCGGGCGGGAACACGCACAGAAACAUCCACCCCCACGCGCGGGAGGAGCGGAAGCCGCGGGAAGGGCGGAAGCCGUACCAGCGCAGGAAGACGCGACCGCAGAUCAAAAACCGCUUCCGAGCGCGGGCUGAGGGGAACCAACACCGUGAAAAUGCCACCUGUGGACACUACCGCUUUGACACCAGAACCGCUAUCGCAAUUUGUUUCCAAAGAUGGUAAGGAGCUUUUGCUGAAAAGCCUUGGGUUCGACUCGCCGAUUCCCGGCGCAAGCAAAGCUGUCAAAGCCGAGUUUGAGCGCAUCGCGGAGGGUAUCAUGCGCAACAACCUGUCCUCGCGGGAGGCUGGCAUGGCCCACGGGAAUAUUGCAGAGGCGUCCACAGCAACAGCUGAUGCCAGCACAUCGUGGGGAGAUUCAUCUCUCUUAUUUCCUCUAACGUCUAACACCGUCUUUCUGAAGCGACUGAGAGCAGUCUAUGCGAAGGCGUUUUCGCAAAACUGGGCGUCGUGCGGUGACACAACUCCUGAGCAGGACCAGAUCAUGAAAGAAGUCGUCAUCGCUGUGCACUUCCAGAACAUGAUUUCCUCUUACAGCAAGCUGCUGGAGAAUGAUCUUCUCAGUGGAGAUCUUACUUCGUCUGCCGCUCCUGUUGUCGACCCGCCGUCGGAUGAGGAAGAGGGUGACGAAGUGGAGCGAGGAGGGGCCCCCGGAGCGUCGCCCGAGGUGGACCGCUUUUCCAUGCGAGCUACAACCCCGAAGAAGAUGUUGAAGGUCCUGGACUCCCGGUCCACCUAUUACAACGCAUUGCAGCCGGGCUACGCGAGUGGAAUUGUGAUCGAAAAUGCUCUGGAAUUAUCAACAUCGACGCACAAAAUCGGCUACAAUCUCGAUCGCCAACCCCCGACCGCUCGCGGCGUACUGCUGUCGACGGAACAGAAGAAACAGUUGUUGGAGCAGCACCAGCAAGAAGACGGCGCAGGAGAUGCAGAGCUUGACAUGCUUGUCCAAGAGCAGCGCACACAGACGCGCUGGGCGGAGAUUCUUUUGCGGUCUCGGGACCGGUCGAGUUCGGCGCCGUUUAAGGACAUUCUGCUGAUGUUGCAAAUCGUGAACAGUAAGGACGACGAGGAUAAAACGUCGGAGCGAACGCACCUGUUUCGCGAGCUUUACGCGGAUUGGCGCGUGACCGAGAUUGUGUAUGCCUUGCGUGUUCUGCGGUCUAUCCACGGCCAUCAAGAGGAGGACGAGAGGACCUCGGCGACUCAGCAAGCUCCUGCGAAAGACAGUUUUUACGUCACGGUGAACCUCCGCGCCCCCGAUCUGUUACUCGACCGGGACGUGUUUCAAAAAUUCAGGCAGAUGGUGACCACGAUUAGGAGCGCGGCUUCUCCUACAGCAUGUAGUCGCAGCGCAGGCUUCUUAGCAGUCGGAGAUCGUGUAGCUGUUGGAACUAGUCGCUACAGUGAACCAGACCAGCACGACGAUCAUGCCAAUGCAAAUAUUUUUUCUGCUUCAGUGCUGGCCCAUUUGUCAAAGUUCCUGGUUUUCGAGAUUACUGAAGAUUUUUCCAUUCGGGACACGUUUGGGAACAAGCACGAUGAGGCAGAUCAAGGCACCGCCACUUCCGACCGUGACGCAAGAAAGAACUUCGUCGCCGUUUUGGCUGCUUGGAAGGAGUUGUUGCCCCACGUUCGGUGGUCCCUAGACGACGUGCUCGACGUCAAAGGGGUUCAGGGGGGAAAUUUUGCGGCGAAAAGUUUCAAUGAUUUGGAAACGAUCUUCCACUUUCUGGAAAAUGAGGAAGAGGAACGGAUGAAGCAAGACCACGCCGGCGACGAGGUCGUGAGCGAACCAUUGCUGAAGCAGUACCAGCAUCCGUCGUCGAAGAUCUUUGACAUCUUGAAGAUCGAUAUGGACUACGCGAAGAGUUUGUUCUUUUCUCAUCCGAGUCUAGGCGUGCCCUUCUUUCAGUGGAAGAAGAAACUGGUUGAAACGCGUUUUACCUCCGUUCCGAUCGAGGCUUUUAAGAAGUACAACUCAAAUAAAAACGCGACGACCUCCGUUCCCGUUGAAGAUGACGACGAAGCGGGACGACCACGUCGUCCUGGCUGCGACGAUCUGCCCGUGCUGCCGAACAUGCAGGCCUUGACGAAUCAGGCGAACGGCAAGCAGGAGGCUUUCGACCACGCCCCGGACGCGUCGAAGUACAUGACCUUUGCAGAGUACAAGCUUUUGCUGAAAAAUUUUGUUCGUCUUGUCGUCCACACUUUUGAUUUCGACCAGGCCCUUGUGAUCGAGUUGACGCUGAACCCGGAGGACAAAAAUCUGCAGAAAGCCAUCGAGAUUCUGAACGAAAUUGUCUUGCCAGAGAUGGACCAGGAGGAGUGGAAGGCGAGGGUAACUACGGCCCAGCUGCAGUGGUACCAAAAUGCUCUCACUAUUCCUGCACCAGAAGGUAAGGGGGGCAACAAGGAGGAGGAUAAGCCGCAGCAAGAUUUUUACGUUCCAAUCUCGCACAAAUUUUGGAAGCAGAUGGCCAAAGCCUCGCAGCAAGGAGGUGAGUCAGGACCUGUCGCGUUUCGCGCACGAGAUGUGUUGCUGGCAAACCAGAUCAUGUAAUUCUACAUCUUGGUAAAGGACGAGGAGGCCGAAACGUCAAAGUCGAAAAUGACAAGAAGCCACUUCGUCAACCAAUUUUGGAUUUAUUGAAGAGAAACGCAUCAUGCAUUUGCAACUAGAACUAGAUCGAUGCUGUUUCAGUUUAUUUUUCGCUUCGUAUGAUACUCGUUUUUAUAUAGAGAUAUCCCGCUAGCGUGACGGUGACUACGACAACACAAAAACAAAUGAGAAAUUCGUCACGGCUUAUUUUUGCAAUCGAGAGUAGUGCUGUGCUGCAGCAGCUAUAGCCAAUACGACCACGACCGCGCAAUUAUAUGCCGGGCAAGGACUGCAUCUACUUCACCAAACUGGGAAAGGAAGAUGAAGUACUUGAAAUCGAGUUUGGCGAGUUGACACUAAAAGAGGGGCACGAGCAUCCGGAAACAAGUAGAAGCACAUCACACUCUUCAUCACCGAUAGAAUCACACCCAGUUCGCCUGGAAUAGCUGAAAUGUGUAUUUUAGACAUUAUUCAGCUGUUUUCAAUUGAAUAAGAAAAAAACAGAUACACUCCCUGAAGGCCUCGGAAAGAACGAGAGCGAGCAUGGAAGCCUUAGAUCUCAAGAAGAUGAAAGUUUGCUAAAAACGUAACGUAGGGAGUUAUGCUUAUGUAAAUUUUCUUCACGAAAAAUUUUGAAUCAGAAGCAAGGCCUCAUCUGCAUCACAACGUCGACUCCAGAACACAAAAUGGAAAUGAAUGAAAAGGGAAAGGGGGUUCAGAGCGGCGGUGCUCUCCCUUCCUGUUUAUCGCUUCAAUCAGAUUCUUCAAGUUUAUCACCGUCUGAUGAACUACGAAAGUAUGUACUUCUGAU